AGCCCAAGCCCAAGCCCAAGCCCAAGCCCGCCCAAGCCCAAGCCCAAGCCCAAGCCCAAGCCCAAGCCCAAGAAGCCCAAGCCCAAGCCCAAGCCCAAGCCCAAGCCCAAGCCCAAGCCC